CACACUUUUAUAAAACAAAAUUUUGGCCACACUUGCUAGUGCGUCACUUUGUUAAUCAAAAUAUUAGAAAAAAUCAAAUUUACGCCUUAAGGGUGCAGCGAGCGGCCUGCAAACGGUGUUAAUUGACGCGCAACUCGUUCGGCCAUCGGGAAGUGCAGAAACGGCGAUGCGAAAAACGCUGACACUCGGGAUUUUUUGUUCUUAAAUUUUUUUACUUACGGCAGCCACUCGCAUACACACAUACACGCGCGCGAACACAUACGCAGUUCACACACACACAGGCACGAACACGAACAGAGAGGCGAAGAAGGAAGCAGAGAAGAGGAACGAGUGGAGAGAAGGAGGCGGCAAAAGGCGAAGCAGAAGAAGCAGAAGGCGAAGACCAUCAACUUAAAAUUUGCGAGGCUCCUUGGGACACAGGCGAGUCUACUUGGCGCAGCGAACGAAUUACACCCGCCCGGCACACAGCACACAGCAUGUUCAGUAGACAUGGGCGGAUUCCUGGAUAAGCCGAAAACCGCCAAGCACAAUGACCAGGGCGAGGGCAAUAAGCUGCUCUUCGGCGUCAGCUCAAUGCAAGGCUGGCGCUGUGAGAUGGAGGAUGCCUACUACGCGCGCGCCGGUCUCGGAGAUUCGCUCAAUGAUUGGAGCUUCUUCGCUGUAUUCGACGGCCAUGCCGGCUGCAAGGUGUCCGAGCACUGUGCUAAGCAUCUGCUGGACAGUAUCGUUAGCACCGAGGAGUUCAUUAGCGGUGAUCACGUGAAGGGCAUACGCACGGGCUUCCUGCGCAUCGACGAGGUGAUGCGGGACUUGCCAGAGUUCACCAAGGAGGAGGAGAAAUGCGGGGGCACUACUGCCGUCUGCGCCUUUGUCAGCCUCACCCAAGUGUACAUCGCCAAUUGCGGGGAUUCCCGUGCCGUUCUCUGUCGCCAAGGAGUGCCGGUCUUCGCCACGCAGGACCACAAACCCAUUCUGCCCGAGGAGAAGGAGCGCAUCCACAAUGCCGGUGGCAGUGUUAUGAUCAAGCGCGUUAACGGCACGCUGGCCGUCUCAAGAGCCUUGGGCGAUUAUGACUUUAAGAACGUCAAGGAGAAGGGCCAGUGCGAGCAGCUGGUUUCCCCCGAACCGGAGAUCUUCUGUCAGAGCCGCCAAGAUAGCGAUGAGUUUCUGGUCCUCGCCUGCGAUGGCAUCUGGGAUGUGAUGACCAACGAGGAUGUGUGCAGCUUCAUUCACUCGCGACUGCGCGUGACAAGCGACCUGGUGAGCAUUGCCAAUCAGGUCGUGGACACUUGUUUGCACAAGGGCAGUCGGGAUAACAUGAGCAUCAUCAUCAUUGCCUUCCCGGGAGCACCGAAGCCCACAGAGGAGGCGAUAGAGGCUGAGCAUCGGCUGGAGAAGCAAAUCGAGAAGAUCACAAGAGACGAGAUAGAGUCUAGCAAGGUGACCGACUAUGUGGACCUGCUUAAGUGUCUGCAGAACAGAGACGACAUCGAGGGUCUUCCACCGGGUGGCGGCCUGCAGUCCAAGUAUCACGUUAUCGAGCGCACAUUCAAGCAGGAGUUUCCGGAUCGACCAUGUGAACCGUAUGCAUAUGAUGAUAUAUGAGUUUUGUAAUUGAUAAUUGUUCAUUUUUAAAACCAAACAAACAAACCACCAACCAACAAACCAACCAACCACCAACCAACCAACCAACAAGAGAGCAAAAGAUAAUUUAAAACCAUCCUUCUCUGCUUCACAUAUUGCUAAAUAGUCCAACGCAUUAGGUUCGCAGUCGAAAAAAUGAAAAACUAAACAAAAAAACCAGUUAAAAAACGAAGAAAGCAACUUGAACGAAGCAUACAAACAAAACACAAGAAAGAACACACCAAACAGUUUUCUACUUUGAUAAAAACACAAAAGAAAAACCUACAGAAUAAUGAUGAUAAAAAAUAAGCAUUACGAUACAUUUCUAGUUUGUACGAAGCCUCAAGUCCUAGAACACAACAACCAACCACACACCAGAACACCACAGUACACCAUAAAGGCAGAAAACACACCACAAUACACAACAAUUCUAAGAUAAAGAAAGGAGGGAUCCAGAACAGAGCCGUACCUAUAUAAGCACAGACCUCAGAGAACCAGAACUGGAAUUGGCUCAAAGCCAGCAGCAGCAGAUGAUUACUGCAACACUGAUCCACCCGAACCGUCGUCUUACCAUGUAAAUGUCCGAACCUAACCCUCUGUGUGCCCCAUUCGUUCCGUCAUCUCCUCAUCGUUCAUACAGACAACUCUUCUCUUGAAACCGUGAAGAGGGCCACACCAAUUAUGCAGAAACCGAAGCGGAAACCGAUGAUAAAAGCCCGAUUCUUGUGUGUACGAUGAACUUUUAUUAUUUCAAAAUAAACAAAAAAUGUAUUAACUAUA